CGCGCCGCCCGUGCCCGGGAUCGCGGCCGCGCUGAAAUCCAGCCCGGCACUGUCCGGCUGCAGAGUCCAGCCUCUCCCUCGGCGCUCACCCUUUGCUGCUGGUCUUUGUUUCGUUUCACCCUUCCUCCGGUAGCUCUCACUGCACUGGGCACAGACUUCCUCUAGGUCAGCAGCAGCUGCGAUUGCAACAUAAGUUGCAGCCAAGUCACAAACCAUGUUGUCCCUCGGGUUCCAGGGGAGGAAAAUGCCUGCAGGGAUGGACUGCUCAGCAUGCUAAACCUCCAAGACUGACUGAGGCAUACGACGAGAACAGGAGCCCCACCGCAAUGACCAGGGAAAGGGAGUUCUGAAUGUUAAGAGAACAGCUCUGCUGUUGGGUUGAAAGGAAAAACUCCAUGAGAAAAUGCAACCCAAGGAAGAACCAGAGCCAUCCAGUUAGCUGCAUGACCCUUGGCACCUCAGGAUCUGUGCUGCAUGUUGUCAACCUCUCCUCCUGGUCAGCAGAGCAACCCGGGCCCAUCAGCUGCACUUUGACUAUUGCAUCAUUGACUUUUCUAUAACCACCCCUUGCCAGCCUUCCAACCGUCCCUCCCCAUCCCCUCCACCAGCUCCCUAGCAGCUGCCUGGCCUAGCAGAGAGAACCCAGACACAGAAGAAUCACAUCCACGUGCUGUCUGGCGCCACCAUGAAAGACCCUGCAAAGCGCGCGGCCCAGAAGACGCAUAUGUGCCCAGACUGUGGGAAAUCCUUCAGCAAGAAGGGAAAUCUGAAGAGACACCAGAGGAUCCAUACAGCAGAGGAGCUCUACCCGUGUGGUGAGUGUGGGAGGCGCUUCACCACGAGGGGACACCUUACCACCCACCAGAGCAUCCACACCGGAGAGAGGCCUUUCCAGUGUGACGAGUGCGGACGGUGCUUCCGGCUGGAGAUAUGCCUGGCUGCCCACCAGAAGACACACACCAAAGGCGGGCCGUAUAUCUGUGUCCACUGUGGGAAGAGCCUGAGCACACGCAUCUACUUCAGCAUCCACAUGAGAACCCACAAGGAAAAGCGGCCGUACGCCUGCACCGAGUGCGGGAAGAGCUUUGUGAAGAAGGGGACGCUGACGGCACACAAGGAGAUACACAAACGGGAUAAGCCUUUCAAGUGCUCCGACUGCAGCCGGUGCUUUGGCCAGAGCGCAACACUGGUGGCUCACCAGAAAAUCCACCUCCGCGGGGGGCCAUUCAUAUGCACCGAGUGCGGGAAAAGCUUGAGCACCAAGAGGUAUUUUAACGUCCACCAGAGGAACCACGCAAAGCAGAGGCUACAGGAAGCCACUGGACACGUAAAUGGCGUUCCUCUCCGGGUCAUCCAGAUUAAAGAGGAACCGGACGUGACCUUCAAACAGGAGGAUAGCUUUAGCCUGGGGAAGAACGUUACAAUACCAGGAGCUCCCUCAGAGGACGGACCCCAGGAAGGUCCUGAUUGUGGAACCCAAUCCAGCCCAAAGAUCCUUGUUAGCACUCCGUGGGGAAUCCAGACUAAGGAGGAACCAGACACAUACUCUGAACACGAGAGAAACAUCAUUACAGUAGCCCACCAGAACCCUUACAUCAAGGAGGAACCACAAACCAGUCCCGACUAUGACAACCAAUUCAAUCCAAAGAUGCCUCUCUUUCCUCCAUGGGGAAUCCAGGCUACAAAGGAAGCUGGGGUGGACAACGAACACCAGAGGGAUGUCACUAUGAUCGGCAGUCUUGCGGCCUGCCAGAAACCCCGCAUCAAGGAAGAACCACAGGAGAGCACCGACCAUGGAAGCAACUUCAGUCAAAAGACAUCUCUUGGCACCAUCCAGAGGAUCCAGAUUAAAGAGGGAGCCGGAGCAGAUGGCGAACAUGGGGAAAGCUGCAGCCCAAAGAAAAAACACAGAAAACGCCAGAGAACCAGCGAAGAGGGGACUUCCGGUGCAUGUACCGAGAGCCGGGCAAACACAAAAUGCAAGAAAAAUCCCUUGAUGAAGGACGGUCCCAAAGCGGAGAGGAUAUUUCCGUGUCCCGAGUGUGGGAAAAGCUUCAACCAGAAGUCGAAUCUUACUAGGCACCGGAAGAUCCACACCAGUGAGGGGCCUUAUAAGUGCAACGAGUGCGGGGAGAGUUUCCGGAUGAACAGGAAGCUCAUCAGGCAUCAGAGGAUCCACAUGAGUGAGCCCUUUAAAUGCACCGAGUGUGGGAAAAGCUUCACCCAGCGGUCAAACCUCGUGAGGCACCAGCGGAUCCACACCAGGGAGGAGCCGUACAAAUGUCCCGAAUGCGAGAAGACCUUCAAUCAGAAGGCCAACCUCUUCAGGCACCAGACGAUCCACAUCAGGAUGGGACCGUGCAAAUGCACCAAGUGUGGGAAAUGCUUCACUCAGAAGAAAAACCUUAUUAGACACCAGACGCUGCACUCCAGGGGCGGGGCUUAUAAAUGCACGGUGUGUGGGAAACGGUACAGGCUGAAGAAAUAUCUGAGGAGGCACCAGAAAAUCCAUAUGAGGGAGGGACCCACCGGGCGUGCAAAACGGGGGGGAAAGCUGGGGGCACCGGCGAGCAUUAGCAACCACCCCCAGACCCACCCAGAACAAAGAGCGCUCCCGGCUGUGAAAAGUGAGGAGAGCAACCUCUAGCCACAGAGCAAAGCCCACAAAGGAAGGUGAUAAGCAUGGACCAAAUUCUGCAGUCUUUAGUGGAGCAAAACUCCUACUAUAAACAGAAGGAGGCAGUGUGGCUGGGAUUCAGGAGACCUGCGUCCAGUUCCUGGGUCUGUCACUUGGGCAAGUCAGUUUCCCUCCCCGUGCCUCAGUUUCCUCAUCUGUAAAAUGGGGUUAAGGAUACUGACCUCCUUGGUAAAGAGCGAGGUAGUAGAAUUAUUAACCAGAGAUUUGCUCCAUUGAAGAAUGCGGAGUUUAGCCCAAUCAGCCCCAACUCUUACACAGGCUGAAUGUAUUAAACAGGUGCAAAGCAUUGAUUUCAA